AUGAUGUUCGAAGACAUGGCGUCGACUUGCGACGAGAUCUCCCAGCGCCGCGCUUUGCCCUCAUCCGGGCCUCCAUUGCCUCGGGGACCCUUUAAUCCUUUCACUUCCAACAUCUUCGCUCCCAGCCCACCCAGCCCACAUGACACUUUCCCCACCAAGUCGCCAUGGCCAGUUUCAGAGCACAUUGUGACUCCUCCCUCUCCCGCCAACUCCGCCGACAGCUCCUGGCCCGACAGCUUGACGCCUCGUAAGGCCUUUGACUGGUCUCAGGAACUCUCUCCAGCCGACUUGUUGAGCUUGAUUGCCCCUAAGAACAUCAGUCGGAAGCCACCACUGCAGCAAUUGUGCGGAAGAAAGCGCAAGGGAAGCAUGAUCUCCGCCGAUGUUGAUGAUCAGCGAGAGAAGCAUCGCAUUGCCGAGGGGAACCGACGCAAGAAUCUCAGCCAAUUGCACCGGGAGCUGGAUAGCCGGAUUCAUGACUUCUUUCUUGAACGGGCAGGAUGGAAUCCGGCCAAGAGCUUGCCUGAGUCCAAGGAACAUAUCGUUCAGGGAGCUAUCUUCCUCAUCGACUUCAUGCUGCUGAUCAUCGUGCACCUGAUUCGCCAGGAGAAUGAAAUGCCUCGACAGCUGUCAGAGAAGCUGCAGCCCCAAAUCCGCUGCAUGCAACUCCAGCAAUUGGUGGCGAACCUGCAGCUGCAGCACCAGACAGCCCAGCAGCAGAUCAAGGUUUUGAAGCAGGAGAAUCAGCUGCUGGAAGAGCGAAACCAAGCACUUGAGUUUCAGCUCAAGUCAUACGAGCACAUGUUCCGGUCCCCCAAGAGCGAGCAAACGAGCCCUCGUCCCCUGGCGCAGGUCCCUGAAGCCAAGACUCAAAAUGUGCUUCCUGGCUUGCGAGUUCUCUGUGAUGGCAUCGCCGCCCCGAGCGCCGCUCCCGAGCCCUUACAUCCAGGCUCCUCUCACGGGCAGUCCUUCGGACACACCUUUCUCUCAGCCACUCCUCCCAUGACAGGACCUUCAUCACCGGUAUUUCAUCACACAACUUAUUCGACUGCACAUUCGCGGCGCGAAUCUCUGAUCCCAUCACCGUGA